GCGGCGCCGGGAGCCGCCACCAUGGGCAGCGCGGGCGCGCAGGAGCCGGGCAAAGAAGCAAUAGAGGUGAAAAUCCCACAGAGUCACCAGGAUGUGAUGCCCAAUGAUGAGCAGUAAUUACUGCAGCAACUCUUCAGCCAGCAUGAGUGUCAACGAAAUGUCUGCCUUCCCUCUGACUUUAGAGCAAAAAACUGGCUUUGCCUUUGUGGGGAUUUUAUGUGUUUUCUUGGGACUUCUAAUUAUCAGAUGCUUCAAAAUCUUGCUAGACCCUUACAGUAGCAUGCCUUCUUCUACCUGGGAAGAUGAAGUUGAGGGGUUGGAUAAAGGGACAUUUGAAUAUGCUCUUGCAUGA